AUGAAUCAACACCAGGAAGCAAAUGUUGAAGCCCAGCGUGGAAUCUACCGCUCAAGAGACUACCACGAUAUCGAACUGAAGUGCAAAGACAGCAUUCUCUUUGCACAUAGUGCGAUACUGCUACCUCGCUCCGCAGUCCUCGCAAAUAGAGAAGAUGAGAGAUGGAGCGUCACUGAAACGAAUCUAAGACAGUUUGAUAUGUCGGAUCAGCAUUCAUUCAUCGUCAACGCGGCACUUUCAUACAUCUAUACUUCUGAAUACAAUGAUGACCCUUCUGGCACCUAUUCAAAUUUGAACAUGCUUCCUCGCAUACGCCCCCUGCCUUGCCAACCUCAGGAUUCAUUUCUACCUGCUAAGAACCUUGACGACUCACGACUGGUUUUCAACACGGAAAUGUACAUUUUCUCCCGCAAAUACAAGAUUGCAAUGCUGGAAUGCCUAGCCGCCGAAAAAUUCUAUGAUGUCGCGCGUCUCCCUUCACCUCCCUUGUUCAACUCCAACACAGACGUACUAGAGAGAAGACCUGCCUUUGUCGCAGCCGGAUCUCUCCUCUGCGACAACAUGCCGCAUCUUGUCGACAGGAAGAGUGAUAGCUUAUGGAAAACUAUGAAAGUGAUAUCGUUCACGAACUACAUGAUUUUAAAGGACGCGAGAUGGAAGGAUGGAGAAGAGAAAAGAAUUUUUUGGGAAAGGGAAGAUUUUAUGGCGGAGCUGUUAGAAACGGGAUGGCAUCUGUAUCACGACCUUUCGAUGCGUCUGAGAAAUCCGGGGUAA